CCUCUCCUCUCCGCCCUCCCAAAGCAAAAGCAACCCAGCCCGACUCCCCCCCCAAUUUCACUUCUCUUCCCCGGCGACGUCCCCACGCCGGCCGCCCCCGCCCAGAUCGGCGCCCCCCGCACCGCCACGCUGCCCUGCCCCUGCCCCGCGCCAGCUCCCCCGCUCCCCCGUACCGUCGCCCGCGCCGGACCCUCGCCAUUCCGCGCCGCGAGGUAUCCGCCAUUCCGCCCCACUGUACCUCUAGUGUUAAUACUUUUGGGGGGUGCGGUGGUGUGGCGCCCGCGCGAGAGGGAGUGGGUGUGUGUGUAAAUAGCCGGUGGCAGAGCAUGGGGGAGGGUUCGAAGAGGCGGGCCACCCGCUCGCAAAACCCUAGCCUUGAGUCCGAGGACGAGGAGGAGGCGCGGCGGGUCAAGGAGGAGAUCGCCGAGGACCUCAACGGCGAGCCCGCGGAGGAGGAGGACGAUGAGGAGGUGGUUGUGGAGGAUGAGGAGGUGCUCAUCCCCUCCGACGACGAGGAAGACGGCGGCGGCGGGGACGACGACUUCGUCCCGCGCACGCUGGAGGAGGCCCUCGUGCCGCGGGUGGGCACGGUGUUCGACUCCGUCGACGAGGCCUUCGCGCUCUACAAGGCCUACGCCUACCGCACGGGGUUCCAUGCUGUGCGCCGCACCUGCCACAACUAUGAGGGGCUCCGCUACCGCUCCACCUUCACCUGCACUUAUGGUGGCAAAUCCCGGGCGGGCGCAGCCCCCUCUGAUGUCUCAGGCGCCCGCUACCCGCUCCGCAGCAAGCGGGGGGCGGCUGUCCAGGAGAAGAAAUCUCGGCGCGGCGCUGCCGAGAAGACGGGAUGCAAGGCGAUGCUGAUCAUCCGUGACAAGAGAGUGGAUGACAGGUGGAAGGUGGAGUCCGUCGAAUUGGAGCAUAACCAUCCUUGUACUCCAGAUAUGGUGAGGUUCUUAAAGGCGUACAGGGAGAUGCCCGAGUCUGCCAAAAAGAAGGCAAAGAUCACCAAUGAGAUGGAUGAGAUGGUGGAGAAGUCGCUGAGCGAGAUUGCUGAGACAAGGAAGUUCCCGACACGCCCCAAGAGGGGUGCAAGCGGUGGUGCUGCUGUUGGCAGCCACCACAGGUUUAGUAGGACAGAGAGUUUUGUGCAGCGUUUUGGGGAGGAUGAUCUCACUGCACUCAAGAAGUUCAUUGAAACAAUGCAACACAAGAAACCAAACUUUAUCCACAGUUGGGAUCUUGAUCGAGAAAGUCGUGUCAAGAAUUUCUUUUGGACUGACUCUAGGGCCCAGGCGCAAUACCGCUACUUCGGUGAUGUCAUUACACUUGAUGUGAUGUAUUUACAGCACUCGCGCACCAGCAUUCCAUUGGCCACGCUCCUUGGGGUGAACAACCAUGGCCAUCUUGUGCUUCUUGGCUGUGGUCUCCUGUCCGGUGACAGCAAGGAGAACUAUCUUUGGUUGUUGAAGAGGUGGUUGAGCUGUAUGAAUGGUAAUCCACCAGAAGCGAUCACAACUAGCUACUCAGAUUUCAUUGCAGAGGCCGUGGCUGAGGUGUUUCCAAAUGCAAGGCACAGGUUCUGCUUUUGGCAUAUCUUGAAGAAGCUACUUGAAAAUGUAGGACGCACACAUGAGAAAGAGGCAAUUUCCUCAAGGUUCAAGGAGGUUGUUUAUGAUAGUGUCACUCUUACCGAUUUUGAGAAAGAGUGGGGAGCAAUGGUCGACCAGUACAAUCUCAAAGACAACGAGUGGUUUUCUGCAUUGUACAAUUGUCGGAAACAGUGGGCACCUGGGUAUGUAAAUCAUUCUUUCUGGGCUGGCACUUCUGCUAUCAGGAAGGUUGAAAAACCUGAUCCAUACUUUGAUGGUGUUGUGACUAAAACUACCCUUCCUGUUUUCCUUGAGCAAUAUGAGACUACCCUGAAAGGGAAGUUGGAAAGGGAGGCGUAUGAUGAUUUACGCUCGUACUAUUCUAGACUCACUUUGCUCUCAGGGUUGCCCUUUGAGGAGCAACUUGUGGAGAUCUAUACAGUAACCAUGUUUCAGGCGUUCCAAGAUGAGAUUAAGCAAUUGAUGCAUGUUAUUUGUAAAGAGGUAGACAGAAGUGGGAGCUCGAUUACUUACAUGGUCAGUGAGUUAAUACAGGGAAAGAAGGUUGAUUACACUGUUGUCUACAACAAUUCUGACAAGGAUGUUUGGUGCAUUUGUCGCUCCUUUCCCUCACGGGGCAUUCUUUGCAGCCAUGCUUUGGCUGUUCUGAAGCAAGAGAAUGUGCUGAUGCUGCCAUCAAAGUAUAUCCUGAACCGCUGGAGGAAGGAUUUCAGAAUUCUUACUUCAUCUGCAAACACAAAUUGUACCGAAUCAGAUAGAAAUCUGAGUAUUUAUGAUGACCUCUAUUUUCGUGGCCAUGAGUAUUUUGAAGAUAUCAUUGACAUUGGAGCAAGAGAACCUGAGCUGAAGGAGUUUGUGUUGUCAGCCAUGAAGGAAGCAAAGGACAGACUGAUUAGGCCUGACCACACCCAGCAAGGUGACCAACGGGUUGACGUAAAUAUGACUGUGACUGGUCCGGUGUCCACAGAUACAAGAGUCGAUGUGAACAUGGCAUCACGCACCUCAUCCUCCCUGAUUCAUGGGGACAGAAGGGUUGAUGCGAAUAUGGCAUCAAGCGCACCAGCCCUAGUUCAUGGUGAUACCAGGACAUCAAAUGCCAUGGCCCUGAUUCAUAGGGACAGAAGAAUGGAGAUGAAAAUGCUACCCACCCACCUUAUUCAUGGAGAGGGAAGAGUCGACAUGAACAUGACAUCUUCUCACUUGAUGCAGAGGGAAAGAAGAGUGGACAUGAACAUGGUGUCAGCGCACCUGAUACAGGGGGACAGAAGAGUUGAUAUGAACCUGGCAUCACCCCACUUUAUACACAGUGACAGAAGAGUUGAUAUGAACCUGGCUUCUCCGCAUCUGAUGCACGGGGACAGAAGGGUUGAUAUGAACAUGGCAUCCCCUCACCUGGUACAGGGUGAUACCAGAGUGGAUAUGAAUAUGGUAUCAACUUCUCAGAAUGGGAUGCACACUUUUGAUUUAGUGAAUGUAAACAUGGAGAGUGGCUCUUUGCCGAUGGCCGCAACAGAUUUUAUGCAAAUGCAUCCACAUCCACCAGUUUACCAUCCAAAGCAACUUCUUGAUAUGAGGGAUCAGGUGAUGGAUGCAAAUAAGAGACCAAAUAUGGAAACCAACACUUAUUUUAUGGGAGGUGGUAUGCAUGUGGGGUAGUUCGAUUAUCUAGCUCUGUAAAACUUUGUGUUGGAAAAGGAUGCAUCCUUCCUUACUUUGCAUCUACAUGUAAUCAUGUAUGUUCUUAGAGCAGGCAAACAACUAAACAGCUAGUUCUAGUAUUGCAGAUCGACCUUGACUGUUGGCAACUCUAUUGUACCAUGUUCCCUUUUUUUGGCAGUUGUAGCAGGCUGGAUGCAUAUUAUCUUGUGCAUAUGAUAAAAAAUGAAUAACCCAUCUUAUCAUCUAGUUAGCAA